AUGCGGCACUCGGUAUUUUCUCUGCUCCUGGGAGCCAUCUCCCUGAUCACCACAACAGGCGUCACAGGACUCGAGUUCACCGUGUCACUAGAAGAGAACGGCAAAGCUGCUGAUGCCUCCAAGCUUCAGUUCGUCAAGAUUCCCCCGUUGAAGCACCGGAGACGUGGACACCGCAACGCAACCGUCGCCACAGGCCAGCAUGUGACCGCCAAGAGAGGGAACAACGACAUCAGUUAUAGUGACAACUGGUGUGGUGCCUCCUCGCGAUCAAACGAUGCGGACCCCAUCCGCAAUGUGUUUGGGUAUUUCACUGUCCCUGACUUGAAGCUACGAGCUGGUAUCCCUCCGCCUCAAUAUGCGGCGGCCUGGAUCGGUAUCGACGGAGCCAAGUGCAACCAGACCUUGUUGCAAGCUGGAGUCACUACCGUGGUCAACUCCAACGGUGGACAGAGUGCAUCGGCUUGGUGGGAGUGGUAUCCAGGUGCUGCGUACACUAUCGCCAACCUCCCAGUCAAGCCAGGGGACUGGAUGUCCGUCAACAUCACAGCCCAUGAUGCGACCAGCGGCAGGAUAAUUGUAACAAACGCUCAGCGCGGCUACUCAAUGACGCUCAAUUUGACCAGCGGGCCCAAGCUGUGCCGGUGGGAUGUUGAGUGGAUUCUGGAGGACUUCUACGAGGCCGAAACGAACAAGCAGGUUCCCUUUGCCAGCUUCCAGGACCUGUGGUUUCUCGAUACCGAGGCGACGACAGUGCGUGGGAAGAAUGUUGGGAUUGAUGGAGCGGCCAUGGUGCAUCUGAUGAACCCGCAAGGAAAGGUUCUCUGCCAGGCCGAAAAGUACGACAACGCUAAUUUCGUCAUUACUUCGCAUUAA